GAGGGCAACUGACUUCCAACAAGAGUCCUGCGGGAAGUGGCUGGGUCAAUCCCAACCUGGAGCCUCAGUUUCCCCAUCUGUAAAACUGGUCGAUAACUCGCGUAAGCGAUCAGGAAUGUUGAUUGAGCAACUAAACGCCUGGGCACGAACACGGGGCUCCGAGGCGCACCCCUGCGACCUAGGCCGGCGUCCGGAGGCCCGUCCAGGGAUCCGGCGGGGAGUCCCGAACCCGGCACCCGCCGCGCUCUCGGCCCUCCCGCCGGGGGGCCCCCGCGCCCCGCCGAGGUCGGCCCCUGCCUGGCGCAGAGAGGCGUGGCCGGCCCUCGAGCCCGCGGCGGCGGCCAUGGCCUCGGUGGUGGAAUACAAGGGCCUGAAGGCCGGCUACCACUGCGGCUACUGCGCGUCCGGGGAGGGCAAGACGUCGUGUGGCAUGUGGGCACACUCUUUGACAGUACAGGAUUAUCAGGAUCUCAUAGACCGAGGAUGGAGAAGAAGUGGGAAAUAUCUGUAUAAACCUGUCAUGAAUAAAACAUGCUGUCCUCAGUACACAAUAAGGUGUCGCCCUUUACAGUUUCAACCAUCAAAAUCUCACAAGAAAGUUUUGAAAAAAAUGCUGAAGUUUCUGGCUAAAGGGGAGAUUUCGAAAGGCAGUUGUGAGGAUGAGCCCAUGGAUUCUACAAUGGAGGAUGCUGUUGCUGGUGACUUUGCAUUAAUAAACAAGUUGGAUAUAAAGUGUGAUCUUAAAACACUCAGCAGUGACCUCAAAGGAGGCAUAGAGAGUGAAGAGAAGAAGAAGGAAAAUAGUUUAAAGAAGGAAGGAUCUAAGGAAUUAAUUCAUCCACAAGCUAUAGAGGAAAAGUUGGGUUCUGGUGAACCAUCACAUUCAAUCAAAGUUCAUAUUGGUCCUAAGCCAGGUAAAGGGGCUGAUUUGAGUAAGCCUCCGUGCCGAAAAGCAAAGGAAAUGCGGAAAGAAAGGAAAAGGUUAAAACUCAUGCAGCAAAACUCAGCUGGAGCCUUUGAGGGUUUCCAGGCUCAAGGUCAGCCGGCAUCUUUAUUACCAAAGGCUAAAUCCAAUCAGCCCAAGUCACUUGAAGAUUUAAUUUUUGAAUCUUUGCCAGAGAAUGCGUCACACAAGCUAGAGGUGAGGGUGGUGAGAUCUUCUCCACCAAGUCCUCAGUUCAAAGCCACAUUUCAGGAGUCUUACCAGGUCUAUAAGCGUUACCAGAUGGUUAUUCACAAGGAUCCACCUGAUAAACCAACUGUGAGCCAGGUGAGGCUAGUACCUGCCUCCUUUGAGGAUCCAGAGUUCAAGUCAUCCUUCAACCAGUCCCAUUCUUUAUAUAUCAAGUAUCAAGUGGCCAUUCACAAGGAGGCACCUGUUGAAUGUGGAAAGUCUGAGUUCACAAGAUUCCUUGUCGACUCACCAUUGGAGGCAGAGUACCCUGCUAAUGGACCGGAGUGUGGUUAUGGCUCCUUUCACCAGCAGUACUGGCUCGAUGGGAAGAUUAUUGCUGUUGGUGUGAUCGACAUCCUCCCAUACUGUGUGUCUUCCGUGUAUCUAUACUAUGAUCCUGACUACUCAUUUCUGUCUUUGGGUGUCUAUUCAGCAUUAAGAGAAAUUGCUUUUACUAAACAACUGCAUGAGAGAGCAUCACAACUCAGCUAUUACUAUAUGGGUUUCUACAUUCAUUCCUGUCCCAAGAUGAGAUACAAGGGUCAGUAUAGACCUUCUGAUUUGCUGUGUCCUGAGACGUAUGUCUGGGUACCCAUUGAGCAGUGCCUGCCUUCUCUUGACAUCUCCAAAUACUGCCGUUUCAACCAGGACCCACAAGCAGUGGAUGAAGGCCGCAGUAAGGACCUUAACCGACUACGGGUACUUCACAGGCGAUCCACCAUGCCUUAUGCUGUUUAUAAGAACUACCAAGAAGACCCGAGUGAGGAGGAGGGUGUUCUGGAGUAUGCCAACCUUGUGGGGCAGAAGUGCGCCGAGAGGAUGCUGCUGUUCAGAAACUGACCGCCUGCCCCAUAGCCCAGCACCAGCCUGGAUAUCUGAUCACCGUCCUGCAUAUCUUGGCUUCUAUAGCCACUCACCAAGUACAUUCUUAGAGCUUUUAAAAAAUAUUUUGUGGAAUUGUAUUUAUGAGAAUCUUGUGGUUAAUAUAAAGAUUUUAAAAUACACUAUAAUCCAGCCCCUUAAUUGGGACUUGUCCUUUUGGAGUUUGCUUCUGGAACAAGGUAUGCAAAAUGUCUCCAGUAAAUAUUCUGGGGAGGAAAGUGAAGAAAUGAAUCUAAAUAAUUUCCUCACAUUACUGUUUUUGUCCUGGAAAAAUUCUAACAGAAAAGAUGGUUCUCAACCUGUGGGUCGCAACCCCUAUGGGGGUUGUAUAUCAGAUAUGUUACGAUUCAUAACAGUAGUAAAAUUCCAGUUAUGAAGUAACAACGAAAUAAUUUUAUGGUUGGGUCACUACAAUAUGAAGAACCAUAUUAAAGGGCAGCAGAAUUAGGAAGGUUGAGAACCAUUGACUUAGACUCAUACAAGAUGUUAGCUUAUGCUAGAAAAUUUAGGUCAAAGGUGACAAGCGCAUUCCAUCGCCAGGAAACAUGUCUUCCCCACAAACCAAAGCUCUGCUACUCUGUUGAAUAUUAAAUUCUGCCAGUGUUACAGUGUGUCAUUAAUAAACGACCUGAAAAGGCCAUGCAAACAUUGCAAAGAUCAGAUGUUCCCAUUGGGUGUGUGUCCAGGAUGGUCCUGCUAUGAUUGUUGUCUUGGCAUAAUUAUUUGCCUGGCAAAUCUUGAGGACCUGAGUUCAGUUCUCUAGAACUCAUGUAAAAAUGCUGGGUCUGGUAGUGAGUGUGCGCUUGAAUCCCAGCACUGGGGAGUCAGAGGAGCUUCCCUGGAGCACUGGCCAGCAGCCUGACCUACCGAGUGACUUCCAGCACUGAGAGGCCCUGUCUGAAAGGAAGUGGACUGCUGUCCUGAGGAUGACACCUAGCCCCGGGCCUCCGUACAUGUGUUUAUAAAGAUGUGUGCUUGUCUUUUGAGCUCUUGAGUUGAGUGUGCACCGCAGCUAGUAUAGGGCAGUCAAGGCAAGUAUCCCAACUUUGCAUUUUGCAAAGUCUAUCUGAGAUACCUGAUUUCUUGUCAGUGGCUUUCAUCUAAAUAAAGACACAUGGAGCUUUCCAGAGACUGCUUUUCUUUUCUCCAAGCAGGAGCUGUGCAUGUUCCCGCUCCUUGCUUUAGUCCCUUCUGAGUUCAGGUAGAGUCACACCUCCCUUCAUGACAGUACAGAUGUCAUUUUGGUUCUCAGUGUAUUAUCUUUAUUUAAAUUAUUUUCAGUUCUUAGAAUUUUGUUAUUAUAAAUAAUCUGAGCACUUUUUAUAUUCUAAGAUAGAGGAUAUAUUAUCAGAUAAAUAUAUUCACUCAAUUGAAAGUAUUUAGAUAAGAGAAAUUAUUGUUUAUGUUUUCUUUCAAGGAGUCUAUCCUAUUUUUAUCCAUUUGCAAAUGCUGGUUUUGCGUGGUUUCUUAUCACAUCAAAAUUAUUAUGUAAAAGAACCUUUCCAGCUUUCUGAACAGCAAAUAGUUUGGUUUAUAAAUAUUGUAUUAUUUCAGUAUGAAUAAAGGUGAGAGAAUAUGAACACUUACCCAGAAUGAUUCUACUGUGGCUGACUUAAAAGAAGGAAAUGAAGUGGGAACUUGAUAUGUUUGAAUUACGAGUUAUUCAGAUGUGUGUCCUUUCCAGAGGAGACCAGUGACUAUAGGACAGAGUAACUUUGAUUGCAUUUGAUAGUUUUGCUCUUCUAAAAAAGGCCAAAAUGAACAAAAUAAAGCUGUUUUUAUCUGCA